AUGACAGAACCUUCGAGGGAAAUAUUAUCAAAUAGCGCGGCAUUAAACUCUUUAAAGAGACCACAGUUGAAUAGAUUAUGCAAACGAUUUGGCGUUAACGCUAAAGGAAAGAACAGCGAACUAAUUGAAAGAUUAGAAAGCUUGGCUAGUUCAAUAUCUAAAGAGCAGCUUGAUGACUAUGCAGGCGCACCUGAGGAAUCACCAGUUAAGAAAGCCAGAACUACAGAGCCAUGGGAGUUAAUUGAAGGCGUUAGUCAAUCAGAGGAUAUCGACUUUAAUCCACCAUCCCCUUCAAAGCAAUCAAGUUAUAACUCAAGUACGCAAUCUAAAUCAAUUAUGCGGAGUAUAGGCUCAUCUAUCAAGUCAAAAUUGAAGGAAUUCAGUCCAUCUAAGCAGAGCACUGUUAGUCCAUCCAAAUAUCAAGAUGUUGUCGUCGAAAUGAAGCAAGAUGAUAGCAGUGGUGACGAGUCGGAAGAUGAGCAAUCACAGUCUUGGAAUGUUGUACCAGGUGAAUGUCAGCCAACUAGGUUGUCAACAGCCGCGUCGAUUCAUGAAGAUACUAUUGUGGAUGAUACCGUCAAAUUGGUUGGAAAUGAACGUGAACCUUCGCCAUCACCUUCUUUCGUUAACAGACCAAGUCUGCCUUCACAAGAAAGCAACACACCAAACAAGAUAUACCCACCAUUACCACAAUUCGUGUUUGGUCAAUCUAGUGUUUCAAAUGCAGGCUUCACUAAUGUUAUGGAAGAACUCAAUAAGAGACUCCCUUCAGCUGAGAUAAAGCCAGAGAUCAAAGAACAGUUUGAAAAUGCAAACACUCGUAAGAGUGCAUCGGAAUUGGGUCUCAAGAGUGGAACUAAUUUGAAGAUAAAAAGGAAAUUCGACGAUGCACAUAAAAAUGAAUUUGAUAAGAUGGACAGUAUCGCGAAUCACUAUUCGGCUAGGCCAAAGAUAUCUCCAAGAAAAACAACUUCUGUUGAAUCGCCAAGGAAAGUGAACGCUAGACCAUCAAGCGGUGAAACCAGCCAACCUAACAAGAGAAUACGCGUUGCAGCACCAACACAAGAAGAACGUGAACGUCGUGAUGAUGUCAAGCGUAGACUUGAGUUGUCUAGACAAAAAAGGAGGUCUAGUAUGGCGGCUAACGCGAGGGGUAUACCUACAGCCAGACCAAGUGUGGGUAGAGCGAGUGUAAAGCCACCAACCAGGAUCGGUAGUGCUAGUCGUGCUGCUGGUUUGAUAAAAAAUGUUGGAAAGAAGUUGUUCGGAGGUAGUGCGAAUGAGAGCGAGAAAACAACUAAUGCAGAGCCAUCAACUAGCAGUACGACUGAUCAGAAGCAACCAAAGAGGGUGGUUAGGAAGCUGAAAAAGCCACAAGAGGUGUCUACUAGAACGACGUCACUGACGAAACCGGCACCAUUUAAGUUCGCAACGGAGAAGCCUAAGCCGGUAGUUGCUGGUCCAAGUAAAGCAGCAGCUGAACCAUCUGCUCAAGCAACCGAAGCUCAGCAGAGAGCAGCCGAGAGAGUGAAAAUGGCCAGACUGAAGGAGAGUAAUAAAGGAGGUAAAUCUAUGACGCCGAGAAGAAAGACGAAUGUUGGUUCAAAAAGACCGUCGAAUGCAGAGCAAGUUUCAAAGGCCAGGUUGUCACAAUCGCCAAUCAAGCGGAGGCAAACGAGAGAGAGAGCGGAGUGAAUAGUGAGAAUAUAUUGUAGACACUAAGAGAAUAUAUGGAUGUAACUUUAUUUUGAUUUUUAAAAUUCUCUUGUUAUG